AUGAGGAUAAAAGGCAGAGAGGCAGCAGAGGCAUCCUCAACACACCUGCUGAUCCUGAAACAGCUGCACUUCAUCUCCACCAUCACCAUGAAGUCACUCAGUGUGUCUAUCGCACUCUGCACCCUUCUGAGCCUGAGCCGAGCCAGCCCUGUCUUUUACACCACCAACAAGACAGAGAGCCUCUGCGAAAGCAUGUCUCAGCAAAGCAAUAUCGAUGUCGGAAGGUUCGUCCCGCAGUGCGACGACAAUGGGAACUUCCUUCCGCAGCAGUGCUGGGCGUCGACCGGGUACUGCUGGUGCGUCAAUGUCAUCACCGGAGUAGAGAUACCGAACACUAGGACACCACCGGGUAGCACACCUUUUACCUGUGGGUCCCAGGGGGCUGGAGCCAAUCCCAGUUUACAUUGGCAUAGUUCUUGUUUAUACAAAGGCCUCUGCAAGCGUGAGAGGGAGCACAGCUACAACACUAUCGGAGGGUUUGUCCCGAAGUGUGAUGGUAACGGGAAUUUCCUCCCGCAGCAGUGCUCAGGGUCGACCGGGUACUGCUGGUGCGUCAAUGUCUUUACUGGAGUGGAAAUACCGAACACUAGGACACCACCUGGGACCCCACCUGUAAACUGUGCUGUUCAGCUCAGUGGAGGUGAUGAAGAGAGACACGAUGGUGACAGUCAUGUUGAUGAGGAUGGAGAGAAGGACGACGAGGAGGAACACCGAGGAGAAAGAGAAGAAGAGCCCUGCGCCGAGGGCUGGUCACGCUUUGGAAGACGGUGUUUCGUCUUCAUCAACAGCCGGAAGACGUGGCUUGAAGCUGAGAGUUACUGCCUGUUUGAAGACGCCAACCUGGCAUCAAUCCACAGCUAUGAGGAGAAUCACUUCAUCCAAUCUUUGACCAGAGCAGAUUCUUUCGUCUUCCCUGAAACCUGGAUUGGUGGCUUUGAUGCCAUACACGACUCUCAUUGGUUGUGGAGUGACGGUUCCAAGUUUAACUACCAAGACUGGAACAAGGAGGAUAAAGAGGAGGAAAAUGAACACUGUCUCAAGAUGAAUGACGGAUAUGAGUUGAAGUGGGAACCUGAGUCUUGCAAUGAUACUCUCCCUUUUGUUUGUACCAAGAAGAUCUGAACCCAGACUUGACAGUCAAAAACAUCUGACAAAGUCCUCAGUCCUACACGCGCUGGAUCCAACAGUUCUCUCCCUGCUUUCUUUCCUUGACUUUGUUAUAUAUUAUACAAGCAUUGCUUUUAGUUUUGAGUUUUGUUUUGUUUGCAAAGAUAUGUCAAUCCUAGAUAUGCUUCAAGUCUAGUCAAUCCACCUGCAACGAAUUGUUCCAGAUCUUUCCAUCUUUCACUCUGAUUCUGGGCCAACCAGUCUUGUGCCACUUGUGUCAUAUCUGGGUCAGCAUAUUAUCUCUUCUUCCACUAUGCUGCAAGAAUUUGAAUUCUAAUAUCAAUAAAACAAUCCACAUCUGAUUUCUUUUCAUUAAAUAAUUGAAAAUGC